UUUGUCAUGUUUUGUCAUUUGAUUAUCAUGUCUUGUCCCUGUGCUUCCCUUCCAUUUGUCUCCCUCUGCUGGUCUUAGUAGGUUCUUUCCCUCUUUCUAUCCCUCUCUCUUCCCCUCCCUCUCUUCCUCUCUCGCUCUUUCUCUAUCGUUCCGUUCCUGCUCCCAGCUGUUCCUCAUUCUCCUAACUACCUCAUUUAAUCUUUCACACCUGUCCCCUAUUUUGCCCUCUGAUUAGAGUUCCUAUUUCUCCCUCUGUUUUCCGCUUCUGUCCUUGUCGGAUCUUUGUUUGAUGUUUGCUGUUCUGUGUCCUGGUUCCGCCCUGUCGUGUUUUUGCCUUCAACAGAUGCUGCGUGUGAGCAGGUGUCAUCUAAGAUAUAUCCUGGAGUACCGUUUUGUUUAAGACUGGAAUAAAGACUCUGUUUUUGUUAAGUCGCUUUUGGGUCCUCAUUCACCAGCAUAACAGAAAGAUCCGACCAAUAUGGACCCAGCGGCUACGGAUUCUCGCAACACUGCCAUCGAGAUCCAGGGAGCAAUGCUCGGCAGACACGAGCAGGAAUUGUCUGCUGCUCGUCAUGCCGUUGAGACCCUGGCCGCUCAGGUUUCCAACCUCUCAGGACAGUUUCAGAGUCUUCGUCUCGUGCCACCUGUUACUUCCUGGUCUUCCGAGUCUUCGGAACCUAGGGUUAAUAACCCACCAUGUUACUCUGGGCAACCCACUGAGUGCCGCUCCUUUCUCACCCAGUGUGAUAUUGUGUUUUCUCUCCAGCCCAACACAUACUCACGAGAGAGAGCUCGGAUCGCCUACGUCAUAUCACUCCUUACUGGUCGGGCUCGGGAGUGGGGCACAGCUAUCUGGGAGGCAAGGGCUGAGUGUACUAACGAAUAUCAGAACUUUAAAGAGGAGAUGAUACGGGUUUUUGAUCGUUCAGUUUUUGGGAAGGAGGCUUCCAGGGUCCUGGCUUCCCUAUGUCAAGGUGAUCGAUCCAUAACGGAUUACUCUAUAGAGUUUCGCACUCUUGCUGCAUCCAGUGACUGGAACGAGCCGGCGUUGCUCGCUCGUUUUCUGGAGGGACUUCACGCUGAGGUUAAGGAUGAGAUUCUCUCCCGGGAGGUUCCUUCCAGCGUGGACUCUUUGAUUGCACUCGCCAUCCGCAUAGAACGACGGGUAGAUCUUCGUCACCGAGCUCGUGGAAGAGAGCUCGCGUUAACGGUGUUUCCCCUCUCCGCAUCUCAACCAUCUUCUCCCAUCAGCUCAGAGACUGAGCCCAUGCAGCUGGGAGGUAUUCGCAUCUCGACUAAGGAGAGGGAACGGAGAAUCACCAACCGCCUUUGUCUCUAUUGCGGUUCUGCUGGACAUUUUGUUAUUUCAUGUCCAGUAAAAGCCAGAGCUCAUCAGUAAGCGGAGGGCUACUGGUGAGCGCUACUACUCAGGUCUCUCCAUCAAGAUCCUGUACUACCUUGUCGGUCCAUCUACGCUGGACCGGUUCGGCUGCUUCCUGCAGUGCCUUGAUAGACUCUGGGGCUGAGGGUUGUUUUAUGGACGAAGCAUGGGCUCGGAAACAUGACAUUCCUCUCAGACAGUUAGGGAGGCCCACGCCCAUGUUCGCCUUAGAUGGUAGUUCUCUCCCCAGUAUCAGAUGUGAGACACUACCUUUAACCCUCACAGUAUCUGGUAACCACAGUGAGACCAUUUCCUUUUUGAUUUUUCGUUCACCUUUUACACCUGUUGUUUUGGGUCAUCCCUGGCUAGUAUGUCAUAAUCCUUCUAUUAAUUGGUCUAGUAAUUCUAUCCUAUCCUGGAACGUUUCUUGUCAUGUGAAGUGUUUAAUGUCUGCUAUCCCUCCUGUUUCUUGUGUCCCCUCUACUCAGGAGGAACCUGGGGAUUUGACAGGAGUGCCGGAGGAAUAUCAUGAUCUACGCACGGUCUUCAGUCGGUCCAGAGCCAACUCUCUUCCUCCUCACCGGUUGUAUGAUUGUUGUAUUGAUCUCUUUCCGGGGACCACUCCCCCUCGGGGUAGACUAUACUCUCUGUCGGCUCCCGAACGUAAGGCUCUCGAGGAUUAUUUGUCUGUUUCUCUCGACGCCGGUACCGUGGUGCCUUCUUCCUCUCCCGCCGGAGCGGGGUUUUUCUUUGUUAAGAAGAAGGACGGUACUCUGCGCCCCUGCGUGGAUUAUCGAGGGCUGAAUGACAUAACGGUUAAGAAUCGUUAUCCGCUUCCCCUUAUGUCGUCAGCCUUUGAGAUGCUGCAGGGAGCCAGGUUCUUUACUAAGUUGGACCUUCGUAACGCUUACCAUCUCGUACGCAUCAGAGAGGGGGACGAGUGGAAAACGGCGUUUAACACUCCGUUAGGGCAUUUUGAAUACCGGGUUCUGCCGUUCGGUCUCUCUAAUGCUCCAGCUGUCUUUCAGGCAUUAGUUAAUGAUGUACUGAGAGACAUGCUGAACAUCUUUGUUUUCGUUUACCUUGACGAUAUCCUGAUUUUUUCAUCGUCACUCGAGAUUCAUGUUCAGCACGUUCGACGUGUACUCCAGCGCCUUUUAGAGAAUUGUCUCUACGUGAAGGCUGAGAAGUGCGCCUUUCAUGUCUCCUCUGUCACUUUUCUUGGUUCUGUUAUUUCCGCUGAAGGCAUUCAGAUGGAUCCCGCUAAGGUCCAGGCUGUCAGCGAUUGGCCCGUUCCUAAGUCACGUGUCGAGUUGCAGCGUUUUCUCGGUUUCGCUAAUUUCUAUCGGCGUUUCAUUCGUAAUUUCGGUCAAGUGGCUGCCCCUCUCACAGCUCUGACUUCUGUCAAGUCUUGCUUUAAGUGGUCCGGUUCCGCCCAGGGAGCUUUUGAUCUCCUCAAGAAGCGUUUUACAUCCGCUCCUAUCCUUGUUACUCCUGACGUCACUAAACAAUUUAUUGUCGAGGUUGACGCUUCAGAGGUGGGCGUGGGAGCCAUUCUGUCCCAGCGCUUCCAGUCUGAUGAUAAGGUUCAUCCUUGCGCUUACUUUUCUCAUCGCCUGUCGCCAUCGGAACGCAACUAUGAUGUGGGUAACCGCGAACUGCUCGCUAUCCGCUUAGCCAUAGGCGAAUGGCGACAGUGGUUGGAGGGGGCGACCGUUCCUUUUGUCGUUUGGACUGACCAUAAGAACCUUGAGUACAUCCGUUCUGCCAAACGACUUAAUGCACGUCAAGCUCGUUGGGCGUUGUUUUUCGCUCGUUUUGAGUUCGUGAUUUCCUAUCGCCCGGGAAAUAAGAACACCAAGCCUGAUGCCUUAUCCCGUCUCUUUAGUUCUUCUGUGGUUUCUACCGACCCCGAGGGGAUUCUCCCUGAAGGGCGUGUUGUCGGGUUGACUGUCUGGGGAAUUGAGAGACAGGUAAAGCAAGCGCUCACUCACACUGCGUCGCCGCGCGCUUGUCCUAGUAACCUUCUGUUUGUUCCUGUCUCUACUCGUCUGGCUGUUCUUCAGUGGGCUCAUUCUGCCAAGUUAGCUGGCCACCCCGGUGUUCGGGGUACGCUUGCUUCUAUUCGCCAGCGGUUUUGGUGGCCUACUCAGGAGCGGGACACGCGCCGUUUCGUGGCUGCUUGUUCGGACUGCGCGCAGACUAAGUCAGGUAACUCUCCUCCUGCCGGUCGUCUCAGACCGCUUCCCAUUCCUUCUCGACCAUGGUCUCACAUCGCCUUAGACUUUAUUACCGGUCUGCCUUCGUCUGCGGGGAAGACUGUGAUUCUUACGGUUAUCGAUAGGUUCUCUUGCUCUGCCACACCCUCGGUCCCCGAAAUCAUUCUCUCUACCUCUUGCCUAGCAGCCACUGUGGAUUGGGGUAUUGAGACCCUGGUUCGCAAGGCACAAUGCUCCCAGCCUGGACCUGAAGGGGGCCCGGCCAACCGGCUGUUUGUCCCUAACUCAGUCCGGUCCCUGGUCCAUGAACGGGCUCAUUUCUCCAGGCUAACCUGUCAUCCUGGUUCCCACCAUACCCUAGCCUUCCAUCGACAAUCUUUCUGGUGGCCCACAAUGGUUUCUGACAUCUCUGCCUUUGUCGCCACAUGCACGGUGUGCAUCCAGAACAAGACUCCACGGCAAGCUCCUUCUGGCCUUCUUCAGCCACUACCGGUCCCUCAUCAUCCCUGGUCCCAUGUCUCUCUGGACAUUGUCACUGGGCUUCCCCCGUCUGAUGGCAAAACCGUCAUUCUGAUAAUGGUGGAUUGGUUUUCUAAGGCUGCUCAUUACAUCCCUCUCCCUAAACUACCCUCUGCCAAGGAAACGGCCCAGCUCAUGGUGCAGCACGUCUUCCGGAUCCAUGGUCUCCCGGUGGAUACGGUUUCCGAACGGGGUCAUCACUUCUCAUCUCAGUUUUGUAAGGCGUUCUGCACCCUUAUUGGGGCAUCUACCAGUCUAUCCUCCGGAUUCCAUCCCCAAUCGGCCAGUCGGAGUGAGCUAUCAGGACCUGGAGACCACCUUAAGAUACCUGGUCUCAACAAAGCCCACUACCUGGAGCCGUCAACUGGUUUGGGUGGAGUAUGCCCGGAACACGCUUCCCUGUACUGCCGCCGGACUCUGCCCUUUCGAGUGUUCCAUGGGGCCCACCCCUCCCCCCGGGUCAUCGAUGGCCAGACAGCGUAUACGUUUUGA